AUGGCGACUAUGACGGCUACAGCUCCUGCCCGAGAGCAGACCAAAUCCAGCUCUAGCAAGGCGUCUGAGAAAUCCCUCGUGGGCGAUUUCAACUGGCAUGAUGUGCUCGUGCCCGACAACGCGGGAGCCGGUCUCACGAAAUGGCAUUAUCAACGUCGAACCCUCGUGCAAUAUGCCUGCUUGUUCGCCGCAGGGCUCACCUCUUUCUACAAGUUCCAGUCCCCAGCUCUGCGCGCGGCUGGACUGGGUCUUCUCUUCCCGGGGGCGGGUCUCGUGGCCGUCUGCACCAUCCCAUCGAUCCUGUCGUUUGUCGUCUCCUGUGCUUUGAUCCCAUUGGUUCUCUUUGCUUGGUUCGGGAUGGGCGGGUUGAUAUUCCCAAUUCUGCUCUGGGUCGGUACCGCCGCGCUCUCAGCCGCGCUGGCCAAAGAAUCCGUCCUGGAACUCGCCGGUCCCCUGAUGUCCGCGGUGUGCGUCGGCGGGAUCAUCUACCUCGCCUUCGCCUGCAAGCGAGCCAACGCCGAGGCACGGAAGAAGCGAGCUGCCCGCAACAACUACCUGGUCGAGGAAGUCCAAAAGAACCAAACGGAAGCGGUCGCGGCGCCCGAGCCCGGCACGCGCGAGGUCGACGAGAAGACGCUGCGCUUCGUGCAAUGGUACCUGGAGCUCGGCCUGACGCCCAAGGACGACUUCUCCUACCACGACGUGAUCGACCAGUUCCAGACGUCGGCCAUCCGGUAUCAGCUGUACGAGGCCGUCAACUGCCUGGGCCUGUAUCAGAACGUGUACUGCCCCAAUUUCCACGGCUAUCUGUCUCAGGCACAGCGCAACGCCAUUGACAAGAGCUUCACGAAGAAGGUGAUGGAAUUCUGGAAAUGGGAGUCUAUGGCCGGCAAAUUCAACGCCCACGACUGGGACCCGUGCAAGAAAGACAACAUCAUGGUGACGGGAUACAUCCUCCAGGCCGUGGGCAUCUACCAGUCCAACACGGGCGACGACCGGUACACCAAGCCGGGCAGCAUGACCUUUGAGAUCACCGACACGCUCAAGUUCCCCUACGACGUCCAGGGCGUUGCCGACGCGGUCUACAGAAACAUGAACGAGGCGGCCUACUGCCUCUACCCCUGCGAGCCCAACUGGCUCUACACGCCCUGCAACCUGGUUGGCAUUGGCGGCAUCCUCCUCACCGAUCGUCUCCUGGGGAACAAGUACGGCGAGGACUUGCGCGGGCGAUUCGAGCACGCCCUCGAGACCGAGUUCAGCGAGCCAGAUGGGACCAUCCUGCCGAUCCGCAGCGAACUAACCGGCUUCACGAUUCCAGGCCUCGCGGGUGCCAUGUCCGACAUGGUCAACUCGCUGCUCUGCGCGUCGUAUCUGCCUCACAUCGCGCACCGGAACUGGGCAUUCGCCAAGAGAGAAACGCUCCAGUACGACGAGAAUGGCCGCCUGGAGGUGCGCAACCUGCUGGGCGCCGACAUGCUGGACGCGGGCAACUACAAGUCCGGCGAGGGGGCGAUCCGGUGCAUCUGCGCGGCCGCGGCGGCCGAGUACGGCGACGAGGCGCUGCGCCGCGAGCUCCUGCGCCAGAUCGACGACGAGUACCACCCGGCGAUCGCCACGGGGACGGGUGCGCUCAAGAACCGCGGCCUCAGCACCCUCUGGCAAGGCACCACGCUGCGGGCCCGCCUGGGCCGGUUCCAGGACUGGACCGCCAUGAUCCAGCGCGGGCCGCCCCAGCAGGUCUCGCGCGCCCCGGUCCUCGAGGAGGUCGCGUUCCCGGACGUGCUGGUGGCCAAGUGCUACAGUCGCGACGGCGAGAGUGUGGAUCUCGUCCUGUACCACGGGCGCGAGCCGGGGGUGUUUGGCUUGGGGUUUAAGGGGUGCGUGCCCGGCGAGAAGUACAGCUUGAUGGGCAAGGAGGCCGUUGCGUCGCAGGACGGCACGGUCAGAUUCGAUGUGAGGAUCGACGGUCGCACAGAGGGGAGAUUGGAGCCUGUCAAAGCGAACUGAACGCGAGUCAGGCAGGGAGAUGGC